AGCGGUGAGCCGUGAAAAAGAGCUGUCAGCUGAUCUAUAUCUCUUAAGUCAACGGUUUUUGAUUAUGGUUUUGAAUUACCUCGUACGCCUUUGGGGAAAUUAUCUUACAUUAGGAUGAUCCCUAAAAAAAUCGUAAUUAAAUAUCAAGUGUGUCAAAAUCUACCAAUUUCUAAGAUUUCUUUUUUUAUGCCAUACAGUAUAAUACAAGUUUCUUGGUUAGGUAGUGUUUUUAAUUAAUUUUUGUCAAGCCGAUUAAUUAUAAAUUGCAGAUAUGUUUAAUUGUUUAUACGCGUAUGAAAGCCUGUUCAAAAACCGUUCAGCCGUCAAAAACAAUUAGUGUCUGUAACCUUAAAUUUAUUUAUGUUGUUUAUACCGAAUUGAACUGAUCUGUGCACUUUUUUUAUAAUGCCCCCCGUGACCGAAUGUCCUUUUUUAAAAGAUGAAAACCAACAAGUCAACCAUGGUGAAAGUGCAUUGGCCAACUCUUCUCUUGGAGAAAUUUCCGAUUUCCUGGACUCAAAAAUACCAGGUUUUGCAAAUUUGAGCAAUAGAGCUUUGUGCCAUAUACCUGAGCAACUAAGGCACGUCGAGAACCUGAGAGUGCUCAAUCUCUCUAACAACCGUAUCUCGGAUACAUCGGGGAUCUUAGAGACUGAACUGCACACGUUGGAGAAGCUAGUAAUGAAUCACAAUUCACUGAGCCGCAUAAGAAAGCCAGCUUGCAUCGCAAACCUAAAGGAGCUACACGUUUCGUUUAAUCAACUUAGAACAUUUCCUUCUUGGCUUAUAGACGACACAUUUUAUUCUUUAGAAAAAGUAAUUUUGUCGAACAAUCCGCUGUUCAUAAAUACACCGGAUAUACCUGCACCCUCGUGUUCUCUCAUCGGCAGGAGGAUUUCUUUUCUUGACUUGAGCAAUACCGGCAUGAAUUCAAGUCAUAUCAAUAUUUUCGCCUAUCUUCCUUCUCUGAAGAGACUCGACAUUAGCAAUUACAAUAAAUCUUCAAAAACCAAUUCUUUUCCUGAAAUCCCGAAGGGUGCUUUGCCACUGUAUCUUGAAGAGUUGAUUAUGAAAGAUGUUGGACUUUACACAGUGCCCUGUGUCUCUGACCUUAAACAUCUCCGUGUUCUAAACUUGUCGCAUAACUUACUUUCUUACAUUUCAGAUACAUUUCCAAGUAUUUCCAAACUAGAAAAACUAGUCUUAUCUAGGUGUUCUUUGUACUUCCUACCAAAAAAUUUUGGUUCUCUAAAGUCUCUCGUGUACCUUGAUCUUAGCCAUAACGAUAUUUCUUCUUUGCCAGAGAGUAUAGAUGAAUGUGUUAAUCUCGAACAUUUGGAUCUUUACAACAAUUCAUUCUACUCACAUCCAAAGCAGUUAAACAAAUUGAUAUCAUUAAAAAGGCUUGAUUUGUCACAAAACGAAUUUGACAUUCCUGACAUUGUGUGUGGGAAUAAAAGCUAUCAAGAAAUGGAAAAAGCAUUAAGAAUUGAAAUUGAUCAAGAGCGAGAAUCGGGCAGGAAGACAUCCAUUUCUUCUAUUAUGGAUGAAGACUACGAUGACAAUAGCUCUACCUCAACUUACAGUUCCGAAUCUUGCAGAAACUUCGCCAUGCCAAUUCAAAAUGGAGAAAUGGAAGAAGAAGACUGGGACGACGAAGUGGCCAAUUGUUUUGAUCCAAAUAAUAUGCUGAUGAUAAAAACAACAAGACCUGAACUGAGUGAUGACCUAGAGCACUGCUUGAGAGGCUGCCCCCAGCAUAUACUUUCAAGUAGUUAUUUUUUUCUUCCUGCUCAAAAUAGAUUGAAAGAAGUGUUUUAUAAACCUUUGCCCCAAAGGCAAGAGUAUCCAUCCAUUUUAAAUCAUUUUCCUGUUGUUGAUGGUCAGUUUGAUGAUGAUUGAUAUUUUUAUAGCGUUUAGAAAUGUAUUUCUAAAUUUUUAAAAUAUCUUUUUAUUUAUCAUUUUGCAAUUGAUUGAAUUAUUACAAUAAAUUGAUUUGUUUAAAUUAAUAUUGCAUUUAUGUAAAUAGUAAUAUAUCUUUAUUUUAUCUAUCGUCUAGUCUAAUUUUUUUCAGUAUGGAAGAUACAUAUAACCCAAAAUUAACCCCAAAUUUUUUUUUUUCAAAAUUCAAUUUUGAUUUAUAUUAUAAAUUUCAUUAUUUUCAACAACUGGAAGUUUAUAUAUUCAGUGCAUGUAACAAUACGCUGCUGCAAACAGUGUCAAUUAAUAUAUUUUGUAUAAUAAAUUAUUUUUCUGUA